AAGCGCACAGCGGAAACGCACGGUGAAUAGUCAGAUCAUUGUUUGCUUCCAGAGAUGUUGUUGUUCCAGAGACCAUCAUUGCUCGUGUGGUCAGAUUUGAUUAGAGUCUAUCUUUUCCUGUUUUAAAUCACAAAAUCUCUCCAGGGGGGAAUCCACCAACUCAAGGAAAGCGUAUACGCGCUCUUGGAGAGUUCGUGAGUUUGCUGCCCAAGUUUGGAGACCAGACGGCUGCUGGAGAGCGCCCGGUGCGCGCGCUUUAAGUACAAACCACACCGAGGCGAUUUACUUGGGAGGACCUGAGGAUGAAUUCCACGGACGUAUUUUGCAAAAACAACCAAACAGACAACUUCACCGACCCGUCAUGUCUGAACUCAACUCCCCCGUCGUACAGCCACAUCGACAUCACCACUUUCAUGCACAUAUUCCCCUCCAUCUACGGCAUCCUGUGCUCAGUUGGAGUUAUAGCCAACGGACUGGUCAUCUACGCGGUGGCAUCAUGCAAGAAGAAAAUGGUAUCAGACAUCUACGUGCUGAACCUGGCUAUAGCAGACAUGCUCUUCUUGCUGGUGAUGCCCUUCAACAUUCACCAGCUGGUCAGAGACAGGCAGUGGGUUUUCGGAAACUUUAUGUGUAAAGCAGUUGUGGUGGUGGAUGUCAGCAACCAGUUCACCACAGUAGGAAUUGUGACUGUGCUGUGCAUUGAUCGGUACAUCGCUAUUGUCCACCCCACUUCGGAGAAGAGGACCAUCCACUGGACCAUCAUGAUCAACAUCCUGGUGUGGCUGGGCAGCUUCCUCCUCACCGUCCCGGUCAUGAUGUACGCCAAGGUCGAGCGCAGGCAACACUUGGAGGUCUGCAUGAUGUACCUGGAUGGGCCCGAGGACAUGUACUGGUACACUUUCUACCAGUCCAUCCUGGGCUACAUCAUCCCUCUCAUCAUUAUCAGCACCUUCUACUCGCUCACCCUCUACCAUGUUUUCAGCUCUGUUCGCCGGGUGAAACGGAAGCAGUCCCUCUGGGCUAAAAGAGCCACCAAGAUGGUCCUGAUGAUCAUUGCAGUGUUCCUGAUCUGCUGGUCGCCCUACCACGUCAUUCAGGUGAUCAACCUGAGCAACAAUACGCCAACUAUUGCCUUCAUCUACGCCUACCACAUCAGCAUCUGCCUCAGCUACUCCCACAGCUGCAUCAACCCGCUCAUGCUGCUCAUCUUUGCCCAGAACUACCGUGAGCGUCUUUGCCGCAGAAGCGCGCUGUACAACUCCCAGCACUCAUCCAAGCUCACGGUGGUCAAAACAGAUGGCUCCAGUACAGCCAAUGACCCCAGCUACCGCUGUACUGUCAUCUAAUCAGAAAGAUGAGCACUUUGUAGAUACAUAUGUAAACAUUUUGCUGCCCACCCUUGGUGAAUGGUCUUUCCCUUGUGGUAAUAUUCUCCAGCUUUUUCAUCAUUGGAAAUCGAUACAGUACAGAAAACUGGGUAUAAAGCAAGAGCAGCAAUAUCUACCAUGACUGAAAGAAGUAAAACACAGGUCAUGUCAAAGGUUUUCAACAGAAAAUGCAAGGAGAAAGAAACAGAUCUGCUCUGAAGAACGAAAGCACGCUAAAAUGGAAAGUGACGGUCUCUGAGCCAAAACUAGAGGGAAUUUCAGCACUGACUUCAAAGACGCACAGAUGGGAGGGGACGCUGAGGGGCGACUCAGGUGUGAUGCUUUUUUCCUUCUGGACUGGGAGCUUUCAUUAACCUUUAUCAACCACAGGCUACAUCCACUGACGGUAUGUGUGAUCUGUCACUGGCACAAGCACUACCACAUUCAAGUCUGAAAUAUUGUGAUAUUCACUAGUCUUUCACCAGGUCUGUUAGCCAGCUUCCCAAGGGCUCAUGAUGAAAUUAAAUUCCAGUUAACUGUAAGAGUUGUUGAAAUUUCAGCUUCACAUAUCGCAACGUCUUAAUCUGAACAGAUGUGACCUGCAUUACGUCGUUAGUGGAGCCACUUUCUAAAAAGAAACCAUGUGAAUGGCUUAUAAAUUAUAACAAAUGACUUUCUUAUGGUUAAUAAAUAAUGUAGUAAUUCUUUCUAUAUCACUUUUAAGGAAUUAAGAAUAAUAAUAAAUUACAGCAAUUCAAAUUGUUCAAAAACAAUUUAGCAGGUGUUUAUUCUCUUAUCUGCAAUAAUGCUGUUAUAAAUGUCUGUGACUAUAAAAGUCCAUAUUAUAAAUGGUAUAAAUGGUCAUUAAGUUUGGUUUUAAAGGUUUAGUCUGCCCUUCUGAGUAUCAAUAAGUUGUCAAUAAAUUGAUUUUGGUCCUGAUUGUCUGCCAAACCAAUGAAAUAUAGUUUUCUUAACCUGGCAACCCAAAAUGCUCUCUUAUUAUUGGCUCAUAACUAUAUGAGUAUAUGAUUUGUUAACCAUUAAUAAAGCCAUUAAAUAUGACUCACUUAUUAGAGAGUGGUAGCCACUAAUAAUAUAUAUUGCAUCAUAUAUCAUUGAAAAAAGUUGGAAAAAAAAAACAAUGUGGCAAUUUCUUCUGUAGUCAAACAUUAUAAAAAACAUCUCAGAGCAGAUUUAAACAACAGAAAACGUGUCAGUUUUUCUUGGUUUUGUAGUCUCAUGACAAACAUCUGUUACUAAGAACAGCAAAUUCCUGACUCUUGUCAGUAUAAGAACUGUAUCUCACGAGUAUCUGCUAAUGACUGACACCUAAUAAUGGCGCUGAAUGGUUAGUACACUGUUUGAGGAAGUGUUUUUGCCGUAAGUACAGUAUUUAAAGAGAGAAUACUGGUCGCUCAUCCUUGACAUAGACUCAAAGUCUGUUGUUUUGCUAUUUCUAGACUGAGAAGAACGGCCCAUUUCUGUUUGUUUUCGCUGGCUAAUCGCUGGAAAAUGCAGCAUAAAACACCAGUGACUGCUUAACACCCAAUGUCUCACCAAAAUAAAGAUCUUGCAGAUUGCUAAAAUAGGCCUGCGGUGGUACAGUUAAUCCCUGUGGAUGUAUUAUGGUCUUUAUGAUUGGUUACAAAAUAAUACAUAUCAGACAAUCAGCACCUAUCUAUCUUUGUUUAUUUACCCAAGUCCUUAAGCCUCAUGUGCUACACUUACUCAGCAACAUCACCAUCAGGGUUAACUAAACGAAGGCUUCUAUAAGGCAUGAAUAAACACAGCAAAGGACAACUACAUACUGAUAAGAUUGUGACUUGGGAGGAAAGUUGGUUAAACUCGUAGAUUAAAAAAACUAAUACUAUAUAUAUUGAGCUAGACGGUGUUCAUUACUGUGGUGGUGUUCUCCUGAUGUCCUAUUUAAUGUACAGUCUCCUUCAGAUUGUGACUGUUGUUUGUUAUUUUCGAUGCAAGACCAAUUUGUAUUCACUCAAACUGCUCAGGAGCUAAGUUUGGGCUUUGAAAUGCAUUUUUUGUGACAAGGAGCUUUUUUCAUAAUGGACUCAGAAGACAAACACAAUGAUGUUGCAGAGACAACAAAGACAGCAUGAAGGACACAAAAUGCUCUUGCACUGAUAUCAUGUAAUUUGUCUGAUUAUUCAUUUGCAUAAUGACAAGUGAGAGGCAGUGCACGGGAAAAUCAUAUUUGCAUUAUCUUUUGUCAUCACGGUUAUUAAAUAUGUUUACAAUGACACUGGAGCACUGAAUGUGAUGUACUGUGUGUCCUGUACACAAAUCACUUGUCCAUAUGCUGAAGUAGAUGUGCUAUCAUAUAUGGUUCUUCUCUGUGCUGUGUGCAAAGAUUGUAGGUAUUGUUUCACUUUGACCAAGGCUGGAAAACCAGCAGGGCAAAGUGGACAGCUAGGCCCCGGGGACAUAGGCUCACUCGGUGGAAAUUAGUUUGUGGUAAUUUGAUAACAUGCAAAUUCUUUUGAUAAUGUGCACCACUAGUGCACAAUAUAAACUGAACUGCUGAGGGCCGUGAAGUGACAAAUUUUUACCUCAUCUCAAGGUCCUGUAUUCUAAAAGAGCACUGUGUCAUAAUCUAGUUAUAACUUUAGCGAUUCAGUAUUACACUUCCACAAAGACUCACAGGAUACAAUAGAAUGGUCAAAAACAAAGCUGAGCUCAAGAUAUCCAGACAUUUAUUUGCCACGCUCAAGAACCCUAAAUGCAACCAAUAGCAUCUUUUUCUUGCUCAACGCCUAUUAAAAUACCACAUCUUUCAAACUCUAAGCUGUAGUCCUCCAGUUUGCAAAGCAGGCUGUCAAAGCCAUGCCAAGAUAACCCCUGAUGGCAUCUCUCUGACAUAAUCAGAUCAAUCAAACAUUAUUUUCUCAGACUUGACAAAACACCCCCAGAGUCACAGAGGACAUUAUGUAACUGUUUUCACCAAUAAGUCCUCCAUUGCAACACAUACUUGUUUUCUGCUCUGACGCCACUACAGGCAGGACGACGUUUUUUUUCUUUUUUUCUUUUUUCUUUUUUUUCUGAGCUUUCCAAAACUGUCACUGCUGAGAAAUAAAUCUGUUUUAUGAUCUGGUGUAGAUUUGAUUAGAUUUGAGCACAAAAACAAUGUUGACUGUUGGAAGGAAACAGGAAGGGAACAACAGCCUCCCAUGUCCCGUGUUUUAUUGACCCACCGACACAUUUUGACUUCCUCCCCAGCAGAGUUUAUAUCUAGUUAACAAAGUCACACUACUUCAUAUGUUGUGGAAAUGAGCCAUAAUUCCUAUAGCUGCCAGAGCGCUUUGUCACUUGAACAUAAACAUAUGUUGUUUUGGGGAAUUUUGCUUGGGGAAAGUGACUUUCUCCUUUUCACAGGUUGAGUGGGACAUUGUCAUUAAAACUGACAUUAAUUUGUAAAACUGAUGGAAUUCUUCUUUAAUAUCACAGCUAAUAUUAUGCUUACACAAUAAAUAUUCCUAAAUAAAUUUGAGUGUAAUCAAAUUAUCACAAACUGACUUGAGAAUAUGGGGAGAAUAUGAUUUUUGCUCCUAAUCCUCACAGAGAGUAAAUCCAGCCUGGACAUUGAUAUAGUCUUUCUCAGUGUUUGGUAUUGUGGUUGUCACUCAUUUUUUGAUGUUGCAGUUGUGGUUAUACUAUAUCCACUGGCCAAUGGAAGCAUUUCAAGUUGAUGUGGUUGUUGUAAUCUGUCGUAUAACUUACUUGGCAUAAUUUAUAAUCAACCAAUAUAUGAGUUAUAUCUGAAUAUUAACAUUGUUUGUAAAGAUUCAGACUGAUGUUGUGCAGUAUACUUUUCACUUUCAAUUGUUUCCCAGUCGUUGUCAAUGGAGAAACUGCAGCCUGUACUUUGAUAGUCACUAAUUUAAGGAGUGUCACACAAACUGUUGUCCAGAGACUACUUUCAUUAGUAGUCUGCUUUUAUUUAUUUUUUAUUAUUAUUUUAACAACUGUACCUAGAUGAGAUUCAGACUUUUAAUCAGUGAUUGGUGCAGUGGUAAUAUUAGAGAUUUAUCUUUGAUUGCCCUCACCCACAUCAAACAAAAACACUUGACUUUGCUAUUUACAGUUUUUCUCAUAAGCUCUUAAGUUAUUUAUGAGUGUAGCAGGCUGCUUGGGGAUGCCAAGUUAAACAGUAGAAAGGUCUGCAUGAAAAUAAUAAGUACUGCCAUUUAUGGUGUGGAAGUCUAUAUGCCUCAGGUUUGUCUGAUGAUGUGUCACAUACUGUGGAAGUGAAAGUCACAGGGUUGACAGUUUCAGAGUCACAAACAAUCCACUUAACCCUGGAUGUGACCUCAACUUUGACCUUGGUUCUUGUUUGAUGCUCAUGUUAACAGCUGCAGAUUCAGGCUGCGGAGGAUUUCAUAAACUGAAUUAAACACCCUCUGAAGUAUCAGUGUGUCUCCGCAGCAGUUUUGUGAAUGAUAGAUUUUUUUUCCUGUCACAGAGCCAAAAUGCUUUAGGAGUUAUGGAUCCUUGGUGUAAUUUGAUUUAAAAGUUGUGGACACAGUUGAACAAAAUUAUCAUGGUAGCUUAAAUUGUAGCUUUGCAUUUUUUUUUCUUUCCUAUUUAACAAGAUUGUUGUGGGUAAACAGUCCUGCCAGCCCUUAUUUUCAGACUGAAUGAGACUCACAGCAAAUAUGCGAUGCUAAUGUGCAGUUUUCAUUCUGAGAAAAACAAAGCACAUGCAGAUAUAAAUAUAGAGCAUUCCUGUACAACAGAAAAGGAGUGUUUUGUGAUGGCCUUGUCAGUAGCAACAUUUCUGUUUUGACUCUGAUGAAGUUGAAAAUGUACUUGUGGAGAAGGUGUGACUUAGAGGAUACCACUCGUGCUACUAGUUGGUUAGCUUAGCUUAACAUAAAGACUUGAAAUGGGGGAGGGGGGGUGGGGUGGUGGUGGAAAAUAUAAUAAAAAUAAACAAAAUAAAAAUCACAUAAUUGAAUAUUUGUACCUUGUUUGUGUGAUCUGUGGUCAACCAGCAGAGAAUCCAGGAAGUUACUGCACUUAUAGGCUAACUCUUGUAGCUUACCACUUGUAGUUUUUACAUUUCUGUUUGUGGACAGAGAUGUAACAUAGCCAAUUAAUAAACUAAUUAAUGAAUCCUAGUUGGGAGAUUCUUAAAACCUUAAAGAGAGUCAGGUUGGCUUCUCUCUGUUCCAGUCUUAAUGCUAAGCUAAGCUAACUGGCUGCUGGCUGAGCUGUGCAGACAUGAGAGUGGUAUCAAUCUUCUCAACUCACUAAUAUAAUCAAGAUUAAUGGUCAAAAUGGAAAAUUCAUUUCUUUUUGAUUAAACGUUCUUUACAUAUUUACAAGUAUAAGACAGCAGCAGCUGCAAGAGAAGACAGGUAUUACUGAUGCCCACUCACUCAAUAUAAAUAAAUGUGUACAUUCCUUUUUGAAUGGAAACUACUUUUAUUCAAAAAUAAAAGUGAAAAAAGAG